GGAGGAUCGCCCAAGAGACCCGGGGCGAGCAGCGGGGAGCCGGGGCAGGCGGCGGCCGUUGAGGGCAGCGGGCUCUCGGCGGUGGCGGGGACCUGGAGGACGAGGGGAGCCGCCGGGGAGGAGGACUGGAGAGCCGCGCCCGCCGCGCGCGGAGCGCCCCUUCCCGCCCCCUGCACCAUGAGCUGGGGCACGGAGCUGUGGGACCAGUUUGACAACCUAGAGAAGCACACACAGUGGGGCAUUGAUAUUCUUGAGAAAUACAUCAAAUUUGUCAAGGAGAGGACAGAGAUUGAGCUCAGCUAUGCAAAGCAGCUCAGGAAUCUAUCGAAGAAAUACCAGCCUAAAAAGAACUCGAAGGAGGAAGAGGAGUACAGGUACACAUCCUGUAAAGCUUUCCUCUCCACCCUGAAUGAGAUGAACGACUACGCGGGGCAGCAUGAGGUCAUCUCCGAGAACAUGACGGCACAGAUCAUGGUGGACCUGGCCCGCUACGUGCAGGAACUGAAGCAGGAGAGGAAGUCGAACUUUCAUGAUGGGCGGAAGGCGCAGCAGCACAUUGAGACCUGCUGGAAGCAGCUGGAGGCAAGUAAGAGGCGAUUUGAGCGGGAUUGCAAAGAGGCCGACCGAGCCCAGCAAUACUUUGAGAAAAUGGAUGCUGACAUCAACGUGACCAAGGCUGACGUGGAGAAGGCCCGGCAGCAAGCGCAACUGCGGCACCAGAUGGCCGAGGACAGCAAAGCGGAUUACUCGUCGAUUCUUCAGAAAUUCAACCAGGAGCAGCACGAGUACUACCACACCCACAUCCCCAACAUCUUCCAGAAAAUCCAGGAGAUGGAGGAGAGGAGGAUCCUGCGGCUUGGGGAGUCCAUGAAGAUGUACGCAGAGGUCGACCGGCAGGUGAUCCCCAUCAUCGGCAAGUGCUUGGACGGCAUCGUGAAGGCGGCAGAGUCCAUCGACCAGAAAAAUGACUCCCAGCUGGUCAUAGAAGCCUUUAAGUCGGGGUUCGAGCCCCCAGGGGACAUCGACUUUGAGGACUACUCGCAGCCAAUGCAGCGUGCUGUGUCCGACCACAGCCUGUCCAGCUCCCGGGGGGACGGCAAGCCAGAGCCCAAGUUUGGUGGCCGAUCCAAGGGGAAGCUGUGGCCGUUCAUCAAGAAAAACAAGCUUGUGUCCCUUUUAACGUCCCCCCAUCAGCCUCCCCCUCCUCCCCCUGCCUCUGCCUCGCCCUCUGCUCUCCCCAACGGUCCCCAGUCUCCCAAGCAGCCAAAGGAACCCCUCUCCCAUCGCUUCAACGAGUUCAUGAUCUCCAAACCCAAAAUCCACUGCUUCCGGAGCCUAAAGCGAGGGCUCUCUCUCAAGCUGGGUGCCACGCCAGAAGACUUCAGCAACCUGCCGCCCGAGCAGCGUAGGAAGAAGCUGCAGCAGAAGGUGGACGAGCUCAACAAGGAAAUGCAGAAAGAGGUGGACCAAAGGGACGCCAUCACGAAGAUGAAAGACGUCUACCUAAGGAACCCGCAGAUGGGAGACCCAGCCAGCCUGGACCACAAACUAGCAGAAGUCAGCCACAACAUUGAGAAGCUGCGGCUGGAGGCGCAGAAAUUCGAGGCCUGGCUGGCGGAGGUGGAAGGCCGGCUCCCGGCCCGCGGCGACCAGGCCCGAAGGCAGAGUGGGCUGUAUGAUGGCCAGUCAGCCCCGGCCGUCAACAACUGUGCACAGGACCGCGAGAGCAGCCCGGAUGGCAGCUACACAGAGGAGCAGAGCCAGGAGAGCGAGGUGAAGGUUCUGGCCGCGGACUUUGACGACGAGUUCGACGACGAGGAGCCGCUGCCUGCCAUUGGCACCUGCAAGGCGCUCUACACCUUCGAAGGUCAGAACGAAGGCACCAUCUCCGUGGCCGAGGGGGAGACGCUGUACGUCAUCGAGGAGGACAAGGGUGAUGGCUGGACCCGCAUCCGCAGGAGCGAGGACGAGGAGGGCUACGUCCCCACGUCGUACGUCGAGGUCUAUUUGGACAAAAAUGCCAAAGAUCCCUAAAGGUGGUGCCCGCAAACCACGGCCUCGGGUGAGCCUUCCCGGAGGGACAGCUCGGGGGUCUCUGUCCCCACCCCCAGGCCCCAGCGCCCGCCCUCAGCCGCCGCCUGUCUCCACCCACAGCUGCCUGCCAGCCUCCCUUCUGGGUGCCCUCCCUUCUGCCAGGAGACCCCACAGCCCCAGGCUGCCUCUCCCUACCCCACCCCCAAGCCUGGGAGGGUGCUCAGCCUGGCACUGUGCACUUCACACUGUGCCUUUGGUGUGGGGACUUCGGAGGGCAGAGUGGACCAGAGGGCCCACCUGACCUGGCCGUGUAUUUUAGAAAGCUGCCCUCCCCCAUGCCCGCCCGGUGAGUAUCCCGCGUCCUGUGGACCCAGGCGUGGCAUUGACCCUCCGGACGUGCCCCAAGCUGGCUCAGAGUUUGGGUGCUAGGCGUGCAGCCCUGGUUCGAAGCCCCAUUGCCGGGGUCAACUCCUCCCCGAGGGGAGCAGUCGGCCUGCCCGCCCCCUACCAAGCAUGGGCUGAGGGACCCGAAGUGCCCCCCUGUCUCUGCACUAAGCCCCCUGUAAGGUGGGGUCCCUGUUUCCCCCCAAAUCCCCACAUGAGCAUCUUGGGGGUUUUAGCGCAGGUAUCACCAAAUGCCGGGGGCGUUUGCCUCCUGCGCUCCAUCCUCCCCACCCCACUCCAGGCUGUGUGGAAUUUAGUGGGGGCUACCCUCCCUUCCCUGUGGCUCUUGAGGGAUCCUCUAGGCUCCCAUGCCUGAGAGAAUGCACCAAGCAUCACAAGCCUGAGGGCAAGCCCCGGCCAUGUGC